CUCCGCCCCACUGAAAGAGACAACACACACACACAAACACACGCACGCCGCGACAGCAUUCAUUUUUUUUGCCUCCUUGUUUAUUGCUCGGCUCCAUCUCCAACUCUUCUUCUCACCAUCUCUCGCUCAGCAGGAGGAGGAGGAGGAGCGCACUGUUGAUCCGGAUCGGGCUGAGAAAGGAGAGCGAGCGCCUUCGGCUUUCCCCUUAAAAACCUCUCGUGGAUGGGCGAGCGGAUCACACUCAGAGACGAGGAUCGGACAGGAAUGCUGUAGCAGUACCACCGGAGCGUUGCCUGGAAACAGCAGCAUGCCAAUACAACAGAUAACUGUGGUCCCAGCCAAGGAGACGGCGAGCAGCGGCAAGAGUGCCGCUCGCUCCAAAGACAAGACCGAGCGGAGGAAGAACCCCGGGCGCUCAGGGAGUCGAUCCAGCAAUAUUUCCAAGGCCAGCAACUCUACAACGGGACACACUGCGGCCUCGAGAACAUCCAUCUCCCCGUCUACUCAGGACAUAUGCAGUUCGAGCCAGCUGACUCGUUUAGAGGAGGAGGUUUCUGAAUCACACAAAAUCAUCAAGCCCACACACACCUCUGGGAUGACCGUCACCCCCGCCGCUCUGGGCUCGUCGGCUCAGGCGCAGAAGAAGCAGGUGAAGCGGCACCACCGGCGCAAGAGGAGCAGCUGCACCGCCAGAGACUGCGUGGAAACCAGCGGCCAACAGGAGCAGAGAGACCGCAGCGAGCCCGGGGAGGAGAGGGAGGAGAGGGAGGAGAGGGAGGAGAGGGAGGAGAGGGAUGAGAAGAGGGAGCGGCCCGCCAAGACCCGGAGGGAGCUCCCCGCUCUCUUCCGCUGCUCGGUGGCCCCGCAGUCAGACUCGACCUCUGACGAUGAGGCGUCGCGCGAGGCCCCCAGCUGGAGCAAGGAGAAAGCCCGGAGAGGUCGCCGCCGGGAAAGGGACGGAGCGAACGGGGGCAAAGGAGGGGAAGACCGAACUGAGGUCAUGGAGCUGCAGUCGGUGGGCUCGGAUGAAGGGAGGGAGAACCUCCCUCUGGUGGAGGGCAGCGGGGGCCUUAAGAAGCGCCUCGGGGCCUCGAUUAAGGGAGACGGCUCACAGAGGGGCGGCAAGGAGAGGAGUCUCAAGUCAGGAGACGGCUCCUCUUUGGCAGAGGACGCCGAGGAGCUCAUCGCCGCGAGCUACCAGGAGAAGGGGUCGGGGAGUGGGGACAUGUCGGUGCCCACACCACAGAAACACUGCGGGAUGAACGGAGGCACACAAUGGCAGUACACGGAGGACUCUGAGACGGAGGUCUGCAGGAUCUGCCACUGUGAGGGGGAGGACGAGUGCCCGUUGAUAAUGCCGUGUCGCUGCACUGGGAGCCUGAUUUUUGUCCACCAGACUUGUCUCAGCCAGUGGAUCAAGUCCUCGGACACUCGCUGCUGUGAACUCUGCAAGUUUGACUUUGUGAUGGAGACGAGCCUCAAACCUUUACACAUGUGGGAGAGGCUAAACAUGUCGACGGGCGAGAGGAGGAAGAUCUUCUGUUCGGUGGUGUUUCACCUGAUAGCAAUAGUGUGCAUGUUGUGGUCGGUCUACAUUCUGUUUCAGAGAACCGCGGAAGAGAUCAGACUCGGGAAGAGCAGUGUGCUCGAGUGGCCCUUCUGGACCAAGCUGAUUGUGGUGGCCAUAGGCUCCAUGGGCGGCCUCAUCUUCAUGUACAUCCAGUGUAAAGUCUACCUGCAGCUGUGGCGCCGCCUCAAGGCCUUCAACCGCAUCAUCACUGUGCACAACUGCCCCGAGAAAGACCUGCACCACCCCCAGGGCCCGGACCGGCACCCUGACCAACGGGCUGCACGAAACUGUGGAGAUUCCGGCCAGUUCGCCUUCCGUCCCGGAUCCAGAUGUGCAGACGGACUCGGACAUGUCGGUGGAGGGCGCGGUGGCGCCGGCACAAAACCCCGUCUGAGUGAUUCUCCUCCCACUUGGGAAAGAAUUAUGAAUCCCUCUCUGUUCAUUCAACGACACAAGCUAGACUCGUACAAUACUUUAGUGAUGUUCAUCUCGAAUCCUGUGACGACUGACCUUGAGAGAUGGAUUUAAUGUCCUUCAGUGAUCACGGAAAACUGGAAGACACGAAGGCUGCAGUGACGGGAAUGUGGAAAGUAUUGAAGAAUGUGGCAGCCUCGAGAAAAGAGGGGGCGGAGGGCUGUUAUGUAAACGCCAUCAGCAAGAGGAGUUUGUAUGACUGUAGUUAUGUGUUAUUAGUGAUGGUGUUAUUCCUAUAUGCACUUUCUCCAACGGCACACGAGUAGAAGUUGUGAAUACCCGGAAGAAGCUUUUCAAGGUCUCAGGAUGCUUCAAACCACGGACGUUGACAAUCAACAAAUGUUAAGAUAUUGACUUUUUUAUUAAAUAACACAAUAUUGAAAAUGCUGGGUAACUCGCCUCGCACGCCAGGCUUAAAGCGCAUGAAGGGAAAGUUAUCGUACUAAACUUUCUUGACAGUUAAGAGUUCACCGUCCACGUGAAUGUACUUGCAUACUAGCAGGUGUAAGUACGGAAGAACGCAUUGUUGCCAUGGAGACGUGGUAGUCAUUGAAAUGGAAGUCGGGGCGUCUCCGUUGACGGGCAUUUAUGUCAUUUCCGCCCCCCCAAACGUGCACGCCGUUCAGCGUAGUGGACAAACGCGUAAAAGGUUUCAGAUGCCGCAACUGGACAAUCAUGUCUUCGGACACCAAAGAGUCAACACAUGAUUAGUAGAGAAAUAAUUAUUUAGCUUGGUCUGAAAAUGUGAUGGUUGAAAAUAUAAAUAAAAAUAGAAGAAAUUGUAUUUAUCGAAAGUUUUUAAUAUUUCUUCAAAUAGCAAAUCUUAAAGUAUCCCAGUUAUUUUUGACGUUUGGACAGUUUGCAGCUUUAUGAGGUUGUGUUAAUUAUACAUUAAUGUAAUUCAGUUCAUGUCUUUACAUCAGACAUGACACACUGUGUGACUGACCGGUCCGUCUCUAAAAAGGUAACCGUUCACACUUCACUUUUCUACAGGGAUAUUGAGAUUUUUUAAAAUCAGUGUCACUCCCUCUCAUUUCACAGAAAGUCUCUGUUUCUUGUAGCCACAACAUCUGUCAAAACCUUUUAUAUCUAUCUCCGAUUGGAUGAAAUGGAGUAUUUAGGUAUACAGUUUGCUUGUGCAAUAAACAAUGAAUGUAGAACCCUU